GGGCAGUCCCCGCCAGGUGGGCGUGUGAGGAGUAAUCUGCGUUCGGUUCGUCGGGGCCUCGGUGUCCGGUUAAAUUUCACAGGCGGACUCCUUCUGAAAGAAAAAGCCCGCGGUUAUUUAUCAUUUCCCGGCGAUCCGGAGGUUUUCUGCCCCUGGAGUUUCUGUUCCUCGACCCCCGGGUUUCGUUGGACACCGCGGCCGCCCCCUGACGCCCUCGACCCUGCGGCGGGUGGAAACAGACCCCGUGGAUUGGUGGUGGAGCAGGCCGCGGAGUGAGCAGUCGGGUGAUCGAGGGCCCGCGGUUGUUUGGGUCUGAGUGGAUCCGACAGGAGCCUCGGAGGGGCCGCAGGAAGAUGGGGAUGUUCCUGGCCAAGCUGAUGGGGCUCUUCUGUAACCAAGAGCACAAAGUUAUCAUCGUUGGGCUAGAUAAUGCAGGGAAAACAACCAUCCUUUAUCAGUUCCUGAUGAAUGAGGUGGUCCACACGUCACCCACAAUCGGCAGUAACGUGGAAGAAAUAGUUGUAAAGAACACUCAUUUUUUAAUGUGGGACAUUGGUGGGCAGGACAUGCUGCGUUCAACUUGGAGUACAUACUACACAAACACAGAGUUCGUGAUCCUAGUUGUGGACAGCACAGAUAGAGAGCGGCUCACACUUACAAAAGAAGAACUCUACAAAAUGCUGGCACACGAGGACCUACGGAAGGCGGCUGUGCUGGUGUUUGCCAAUAAACAAGACAUGAAGAACUCUAUGUCAGCAGCUGAAAUUUCCAAGUUUCUAACGCUAACGUCCAUCAAAGAUCAUCCAUGGCACAUACAGGCCUGUUGUGCACUCACAGGCGAAGGGUUGGGUCAAGGGCUGGAAUGGAUGACGAUGAAAACAGCAGCAAAAUAGGUACUUGCAAGCAAAAAAGGUUUUGGAAGGAAUUGACUCAUCUGUAACCAGGUGCAUUGGCUCUGUGCCUUGUUCUUAGAAGACAGUUCUUAAAACACUGGAAGGUGGCCCCAAGCUGGGCCACUUGAAUUCUGACGCACAGAGAACCCUUUCUAUUCAGAGCUGUUGGCACAGAAGCUGAAGGACAACCAUCCUGGUGGACGAAAGUCGCUGGAAAGAAUAAUGGCAAAAUGGCCCUGUGCGAAUGUGCUGGGUUUUAACCUCUUGCAGUCCAAGUUUCAGAACAAAUUAAUUCAAUUCUCCAGGAAACCUAACACUAACUGUGGAACCAUACAGUCAAGGACAGUAAAGUGAAAGGGUAAAGCUGCUUGCAGUCUGCAGUGCUCCAGAGUUUCCAGGGUAACUUCGAGUACUCGAGCAACAUGUACACUGAGUUGGUUUGGUGAUUGUGCUCACACCCUAAGUGGAGGGACAAGGACUUGUGUGUUGCCUGAACCUUGGGAUAUGCAUUUUACUCCCAACCUGACUGCCAAGAGUAUUUAAUCCUUUUGAACCUCAGGAACAGUCUUGCUCCUUGUUUAAUUUGCUACAGUUUUAUUCUAUCGAAUGGCAUAUCAUUAGAUCACUGAUCAGUAUUAGUCUGUUUUAGGGCUUUAAUAAAUAGAGCUUUGAAGCUUCUAAAAAGAAGCUUUGAUACUUUUAUAUUUUUUUUCCUCCUGAGUUCAAAGCUAAUGUCAGUAGGUUCUACGAAACUAUCCCAGUGUACAGCAUGGUACUUUGGCUCAAUUUUUCUUGUGUAAAAGGAACCUCAAAGUUAGAAGGAUAGAGGCAUGAAUUGCUGAACUCUUUAGUGGCUUACUAAUAGUAAAAACACUUGGGGCAGGCUACCAUGCAUGUACCUCUUUCGACUAUGGUGGGGUGGGGGAGGCUGGUGUGGGAUGGUAGAUUUUCAAUUUAUGCAUCCUUACAUCUACAGAACAUGUUGCAUUAAGCUCCAUGUUUCUCCCAUUCCUUGAGUAAAGCACCCCAGCAGAACCAGUUACUGUUAGUCACAAUUAAAUCAUACCCUAAUGCUACCUGUCUAAUAGGUCUGGUAGCCAAGGUUUCAUGUCAGGAUUUCUGUUUGGUGCUUUCUAACUGUAAGCCCAUGCAUGGGAAUAACAUUGAGGUUAGUUUGGAGUUAAGUAAUCUAGCAAUGGGAGCCAUUAGCCAGAGAGAUUUGAAAAACAAAUUUACUGGAAGGAUCAGCUACAAUCUGAAUGUUUCCUAUUUAAAUUGACAACAGCUUGAAAUCCACUUGAGAAAAGGUAACCAUGUUGUCCUGUGUAGGUUAUUCAUUCCAUUACCAGUGCCCAAAUUCCAACUUUGAAGGGUGGAAAUGAAAGGAAACUACUUCAGUGUAGCUAUGGCACCAAAUCCAUAGCUCCUUCAUGUGCUGAGAGUGGUAACUCCUAACUCCUGUCCUAUUUGACCUAGAGUCUUCCUGCCUAAUGUGCUAAUCCUUUGGAGAUGCUUGUGGGCUCCCUUCAUAUCUCAAGCACCAAAAAUAAGGGAACAAAUUGUGGUGCUCUUGGCUUUGGAUUCAGUGCCUUGUGAAGUCAGCAGUGAGAAAUUUUACAAUGUGAUUUUUUUCAAACAACAUGGGCAAGGGGAGUGGGGCUUAAAACACUGUAAAGUAAUGGAUCUGAUUGGUCUUGUAAAGCUGAUAUUGGUUUCAGUUUAGACAUUUUAAUUGCAUACACUACAAUUGGAUUUGAACAUUUUUGUUUAUCCUCCAGUUGUAAUAAUGAACUGUUCAGAAAACUCCAGCAAUGCUGUCAAGUGAUCCAGUACCUCAGUGAUAGAAUGGACAUAUCAGCCUUCCUGUGCAGAAUUGGACGCUGCUCCGCAUUAUGGUUUUGCUGUUCGUUCACUACCAGACUGACUGUAGGACCUUAACAGAUGAACUGUUAGCUUAUGGCUGAUGUUUCCAUUUGUUUUCCUCUAGGCCUGUGAUUUUGUGCGUCUCUGCUUGAUGGGUAAACAAAAAGAACACUUCCCCAAACUUUUAGCAUUCUGCUAUUUUCAUCUGCAAACCCAAUAUUUAUACAGGCAUCUGACUUCACAACAGUUCUGGUCCAUUGCAAAGGUGGAAAAUUAGCAUUACUCCACUGUAACCCUACUGCCAUCUUUCAUCCUCGCAUGAGAAUUUUUGACCCUCGUGAUGUGUCUGUAAACCAUGUUUCCUCCUCUUCCCCCUCCCCUGUCCCCCAGAAACUUGUGUAUUCAUCAUGGAGGGGUGGCAGGACUUGCAGGGUAUGCUUAUAGCUUGCAAAUUGGCCCAUAAAGCUCAUCUGAUUCAAUUAUACUUCUUAAUCCUUGGUUGAAUUUUGAGUGGGGUUUCAGAAGUAUUGCACUUGGUAUCGUCAGCUCAUUAGGAUAAUGCUAAAUUGCAGUACUAGGAUCUGUCCAUAUUUGCAGUCUGCAGUGGGUUUAACGUAAUGGUUUGAAUGCUGGAGCCUGCAGGACUCCCAAGUUUGAAAUCAAAUCAAAGAGCUUAGACACAUUUCCGGUAGAGAAGUUACUGUGGUUCUUUAAAUGUAGAGCCUCUCUAUAAAUAGUGGGUUGCUUACAAUGUCUAGACUUGGAUGGGUGCUUAAAUAGGAAUUACAAGUGCAGAUUUUGGAGCGAAACACUACAUCGCUCAGUUGCAACUCGUGGCCUGGGGGUGUAUGAGGCUCAGUUAGAAGGCUGUGACUGCAAUUGAAUUCCAGGACCAUAUGGCAUCUGUUGCAAGUGUUCUGAGCUUCAUGCGAAUGUCAUUGAAACUGGUUUAGCCCCAUCUUGUAACUAAAGUAGAUUCACUAAGCCACCCCUCUCCUUUUAAGUAUAUUGAAUCAUCAGGAUAAUUCUGAUUCUACCUCAUCUCAAUUUGCAUCCAUCUGAAUUUUCAAAUUUAAAUAUUGCUGUUGCCUUUUAAAUGCAAAUUACCAACUUGACCAUUGAGUUGAGGAUUUAGUGGUGAUAGUGGUUCCUUUAGUGGUUUAAUGAGGCAUGGCACCACUGAGUGGGCACAGUUCCAAAGGGCAGGAACCUUCCCUCUCUGCCUCCCACUCCCUCUAAUCUCUGUCCAGAAUUCAUCAGGCAAGGUCAAGCUCAGUCUCUGGACUCUGCUUCAUGUCUUUAUGCAUUGCCAAGAUUCCACCCUUUUAGAUUGGUGGCUGUGUCUGGAAUUUGUCAUUGACAAUGAAGAUUGGUGUAAGUUUUAUGUCCUGUGCGCAAAUGAUCGAUCUGUCAACACGGCUUGAACACUUGGAAUAGAGCCUGAGAAUUGGUCCUCAUUGGAAGGGAAUUAGGGACUUGGAAAUGAAGAGGGCACAGGGUAUUCUAAUUGGUGAGGUCUUGCCAAGAAUGGGCAGAGGAAACUAGCAUGGUUUCAUUCAAUAAACUGCUGCAGGCAGUAAGUAGUUUCAUUACCAGAGCAGUCAGUAUUCAAGAAUUUGUGUUAAUCCCUGUUUAACAUUGGUAGGUUAGGUUUUGUUACAUGCUCCCAACUAUUAUGUUUCUCCUCACACCACACCUUGAGUGGCUGUCCACCUAACAUCUACAUCUUGACACUCAGGCUUGUGGCUUCCUGAAUUUUUGAUAGUUCCUUAAAAUCUCCAUAAAUGGAUGUUUAGCAGAAUAUUGGUGGUUCUAGGGGUAAGUGUUGUUUUAGUGGGUUUACUGGAGGUGGUUGAUGGUAAGGUCUUAAGGAGUUAAAUCAAAGAUAAUUGUUUCUUUGUCUGCCUUCCCUCCUUCAUUGCUAGUUGCUGAAGCAGAAAGGUUUCUUGCCAGUUUGACCCUCUGAGGCCCAGUGAUUUUAAUGUAAGGGACUGUUGCUGGACAGAUUGUAUAUUCUUGAAGUCAUUAUACAUUUGGGUAUGCAGCCAUCAUUAAGUAGUAUGGACACAGUUCCUAUGAGUUUUGAUUGUUUGGUGCUUGUGUGAGAAAUGCUUUGCCAUGUUCGGUUUCCUGCUGUCACCUGAUUUGAGAAAUGGUACACCUUGAAGUGUCUCCUGGUGGGUUUUGAGGGUUUGUUAAACCUAGGAAUAGGUUGUGUCCUGUUGGUUUAGCUAAGAGUAUUGUCUAUGGUUAUUUGGUGGAAAUGCAAUUGUGCCUGAGUUUGAGGUAAGACCAGAUCUGUGUGAUUUUUUUUCCUCUCUGGAAUUCCUGGGAAGGCUGAACAUCUUCCACACAUGGAUUGAGGAAGGGCUGCAAAGUGUUGAACUUGCAGUUAGUAGUCAGCUCAUCGCAGGAGAUGCCUCCUUUCCACCCAUCCCUGAUCCAAUUCUGAUACACAGGCCCAUUAAACACAGAGCUCUACCAUCUAGGCAUAUAAGACCAGUAAAUAUCUUUGGGCAGCUAUCCAGGAUGGCUGCCUGCAUGGAGAUGACCAGUACAUGAAAGACUCCUGUUCUGGUCAAGGUCCUUUGUUCUGGGCUGGAGCUUGUAUGAGAUACUACCCCCUACAAUUUUUCCUUGAAAUUCUAUGGGACAUGGGCUGCAGUAAACAUGCUAAUUUGGUCAAUUUAUGGAUGUGCUAAAUUACUCAUAUUAAAUGAAAAAUACUGACAAUGUUCAGCAUGUCAUUUAGUAUCUGUGGAGAAACGGUUACAAUUUCAUUUUGAUCAUCAAUUUCUGCUGUGUUUGCAUUUCUCUUAGGUUAUUCAGAAGGGCAAAUCUUCAGGCAUAUUGUGAAUGGUUGUUGGGCAAUUCUUAGUGCAAACAAUAGUAAACUCUUUCCAAGCUUUUAAACCGUUUAAGUGCUGCGUAGAUAGAGGUGCUUCGGUCGAUUAGUGAGACGAUUAUGUAUACCUUUAAGUUACCGGAAUGCACUCAUUUUAAGUUACUACUUUCAUAGUGGAUUUGACAAGUUGGGUGGGAUUGAUAUCCUUGCGAGAAAGGGAAAUCGUGGUUCUUAUCGACAUUUAAUCUGCCUUAGCAAUUUUAUCAACUUCGAGGAUAUAUCUUUUCGAAAUGUAAAUUGUAAUGAAAUGCUGUUGGAAUCCAGUAAUUUCCAUGGGAUUACCUGGUGCUGAAGUGUAAACCAACCUGUCACAGUGGUGUGAUUUAUUCAUUGAGAUGCCAACAGAAUGGUGCAAUACCUUCAGGGACCUCUUAUCAGCUUGUAUUAUGCACAUCUCCCUGAACCAAAUCACUGUCAAAUGGUUGUCUCUAUGGGACAGUGGUUCAAACAAUGCUCCUUUAGAUUUUUAAGUGUAAAUGAAGUUUUUAAGAUUUCAGGAGUCUUUUUUUAGGUCAAAUCGACCCAACAGAUUUCUUGGAAACACUCUACCUCCACCAACUGUGAACUUAAUCUCAAUGGAGACUGUACUGUCUGUAUAUUUGUUAUCAUGUGUUUUCCUCCCUGGUUCCUGAAAGACAGACCAUUUCUGUAAACACGCUUAUUGUCUUUUGGUAUAUUGAGACCUCUGAUCAUGUAGCUUUAUUUGCUGCCUCUGGCAGCAGGCACUCAGUUGUCAGCUUCAUCAUUUUUUCUUUAGUUUUUAAUCUAUUUAAGUAUUAAUAUUUAACAGGGGACUCACCUCAAAAGUGAGGAAAUGAGCCAGUAUUGAAAAGUUCAUGUUACUGACAACGUUGUUGCACUCUGCUCAAACUGUAUAUUGGAAAUACAUAUGAAACAUUUUUCAUUCCAAGGACAUGUGAUACAGCAUGUGUUUUAAAUAAACUUUUGUGAUUUUUUUAACCAUG